UCGGUUGUGGUUUUGUUGCUGUUGUUAUUGUGUUGGUUUUUUCCAUAAGGGAAGAGAAGAAGGCGUGCCAGCCCUUCCCAAAGCUUCCCUCGAUGCAAGGCUAGCAGAUGGCGUGUUCCUAUUUUGCUUAUUUCUAGCCCUCUUUCUGUUUCUAGUUCUGCUUUUUUGGAGAUUAGCAUAAAUGCGUAUCAAUUUAUUAAAAAAUACAUUUGUUUGGAAAGAGUUAAGUUAUGAAAGCGUGGCUCAGGAAUCAAACCUUGUCUUAAACCUUACCUGCUGUUCCAGGGAUAGUAUCUAGGUUGCUCUUACGUAGUUAUGUUUGCUCCAUACCUGUUAGCAGGUCGGCAGGUGUGACUGAAGGUGGAAAGUAAAAAUUAUGCAAAUAGCUACUGAGGAAAUUCUCUUCUGCUGAUGACUCUUCUGUCUGUCUUGUAGUUAUAUAGACAGUCACCCUACUAUCUCAGCACUGUUACCUAACACACAGAAUUCAUUACUGGAGGUGCUAAGGCUCAAGAUCUUGGAGCAAAAUUAUAAUGGUUGUCAAGACCUUAAGAAGAAACUUGCCUUUCAGGGUAUAUUAUUUCGCAAUGUCUGCUGCAUUGUUAUUUGAAGUAGCUUGCACUGGGUACUGCCAUUAAUGGACUGCUGGCCUGACUAUGGUGCGGGGUCCUGAGUUCCUGUAUUUGUAAUUUAAAUAUACAGCUCUUACAUGAGACACAACUUCAAAGAGUUGCUUUACAGGAAAAUAAUUUCUACAGAUAAUAUUAGACAUAACUUCUGUACUUCAUCCUGUCAUUUUUCUGUUAGCCAAACUCAGCUAUCUUCUUCAAUAAGACAGAGCAACGUUUCUGCUUCUCUUAGAGUCUGUCUGCCCUCAGGAAGCAGCUGAAGGUUGUGACAAGUAUGUAAUAUGGGAGGCUGUAAUGUAACUAUACAUUUUUCUGAUUUUCAUAGCUUUUAGUUUCAGCUUUCCAGUGUUCUCAUUCUGGGUGUGGGAAGAAGAGGGCAUUUCUAAGGCCAUGUCUCCCCUAGGAGUGCAUUGCAGUUCCUCAAUGGAAAAAGUGUUAAAAACUGCCUGCGGCACUAUGGAAGCAUGGAAACAAAAUAGCCAUCUGUUGAGACCCUCAAGGAACUACUGGGCAAAGUGACGGAAAUGAAGAGCUUGAACCAUCACUUCAGCAUGGCGGCAGCUGAAUCUGACAAGGACUCAGGAUAUUCAGAUGGAAGUUCAGAGUGCCUGAGUGCUAUGGAGCAGACUGACUCAGAGGACGUGCUGAAUGCAUUGUGUUGGAACGCAGAGGAUGGGCCUUGGCAAUGCCCAAUGACCACAAGCAACUCCUUUCCUGCACUUUCUCCUAUGGUUGUAAUGAAAAACGUGUUAGUUAAGCAGGGGAGUUCAUCACAGCUCCAGUCUUGGACUGUGCAGCCAUCCUUUGAAGUGAUUCCAGCUCAGCCACAGCUAGUAUUUCUUCGUCCAUCAAUCCCACCUCCCACUAACCCUCAUCCUACUGGGAAAAAGAGAAAUGACUCCACUAAUUACCUGCCCAUCCUGAAUUCUUAUCCCAAAAUAGCACCACAGCCCUGCAAAAGAGAUCACUCCUUUGAUCUAGAAGAACACCAGGAAACCAAUUGCCAUAAACGACUCUGCACAGAAGCACCCAAAAUGGAGACUUCUCCUGUAUCGAGGAGCACAGGCUUGCCUACUAGUCCUUUUGCCCACCUACCAGUUAGCUUUAAGACCCCUCAGGAUUCUAACCAGCAAAGUUCUUCAACUCUGGUGACAAGUGGAAAGCUGUCAGCUCUUCCUGGUUUUCAUCGUGUUUCCAGUGACACUCAGAAAGUGCCGGGUUUGACUCCCCUUUUGCCUUUUGGAACUCUGCAAGCAACAAAGUGCACGCCUCAUGAGACUGAGAGUGCAGCACAGGCUACCAUGCAGUCUGCAGUGUGGAGCCCCCCACUGAUACCAGAAGAGAUUUGCACUACCCCUGAGCUCCUCUUGCAACAACAAAGCAAGUGCAGACGCUUUCAGAAUACACUUGUCGUGCUACGCAGGUCAGGAUUGCUAGAGAUCACUUUAAAAACCAAGGAGCUCAUUCAUCAGAACCAAGUGACUCAGGCCGAGCUGGACCGGCUGAAGCACCAAACACAGCUUUUCAUAGAGGCAAUAAAGAACAAUGCUCCACAGUCGUGGGCAGAGCUAGAAGCAUCUCUAACAGGAUCUGAUAAAGCUGAUAGCAACCUUGAAGACUCCACUUAUUCUAACAUGUAGUAAAAAGGUACAUAGCUGUCCAGUUUAUUCUGUGCCUCCCGUUUCCCGUCUCAAGCUUUUACUUGAGCAUUUCUGAGUCCAAGACCUGCGAAGUGGCAUGCCAGUAACAGCUUGUCUUCAGAGCCGGUUGUGGGACUGGAGUAGCAUGGUGGGGUCUCACCAGAAUGGGUACUUAUUACUUCAGUGUGACCUUGAACUCCAUGCUAACUCUGUGUACUUGGACUCGAGAAGCUUGGAUGUGCUCUGUUGGCAUGUUCCCAUUCUUGCAGUGAAGACAGUCAUUUGCAGUAUUCUGCAAGCAAGCAUAUUCCUAUUCCCAUCUUCAGAUAGUCAGUUCUGAGAAGAACAGCAGAACAGGCCCCAAUAUUGGGCCAUCAUCAGCUGCAAGUAGGUGAAGGGAGUUGGUGUGAGGAGAGGAAACUUACGUUGGUGGGGUGGUAUCUUUAGCCUGUCACUGUCCUUUGUUGUAGCAGAGAGUCUUGCUUUGGGGUUUUAAUGCAUUUGAAUUAGUGAAGAUCUGCUUGUGCUGAAGCAGCACUCUAUAUACAUUGCAGUCUUUGGUCAAAGUGAUGAGUGUCUUAGGACCCAAGUGAAAUGACAUGUUCUGAUGAGUAUACUUUUGAGUGUGAUCUGUACGGCAGAGUGAGUGAAAAUUGCAAGGCUUGCACUGGAAUUGUUUGUUCCAAAGCCUCAUUUAUUAAUGGCUAACAAGUGUACAAGGCAAGUGGCUUUGGAUUUUCUUGGUAGCUAACAGAUUAAACAUUGUUAUUAAAGACUGCAUUGACUUUUUAAAAACAGUACAAGGAAGAUAUUCACCAGGAUUAAUUUUGCAAGACUAGUUGCAUAUUAUUUGGUUCAUAUAUCUUUAGUCUACAAGCCUAAACUUUUUUUUCUGUGAAAUUGGAUUGUUAAGUAUAAAAACAAAAAAAAAAAAGAAAAAGAGGUGAAAGGAAAAGGAGCCUGUGGUGAAACAAGUCCUCCUUCCAUCCCCCCUCCCUCUCUUUUUCUAUUCAGAGAAAUCAGAUGAAAGUACCUGGAGAAGGGGGAGAGGGGUAGGGGUGGGGGGAGGAGGGAGAGAUGUCAGCUUGGAUAAUCUCCCUAAAAAUGUUAUCCAUGAGAGUUUGAACUUAAAGAAAAAAAAAUAAAACCACCAAAACAUUUUUCCUGCAUAUAAAUUUAUAUCAUCCCUAGCCUGCUUGCCUCAAGAUACAGCUAACACCACUGUGUAAGAUGUUAGGCUUUACUAGUAGAGAUCCGCAGUAGUCAUGUUACAAAAGUUGUUCUACAGACAUUUAUUUCAUUUCAGUUUAUCUAGACACUUAACUAUGUCACUCCCUCCAAUCUGAAGGGUUUUUUUCAGAGGCAGUCUCUCUGUGUAGAGACCUAAGAAUGGCUUUGUCUGAGAACGUUAAGGAAUCUGGAUUGUUUAUGGUAUGUUCCUUUCUGCAUGACAAUGUUUUAAAAAAAUUGUGCAGUCUAGGUAACUGGGUAUUUUGAUGCUUUGAUCAGUUCUAUUGUCUAUUUCAGAUUCUUAAAAAAAGAAACUUGAAAGUAGAAGUGGAUGUGUUGCUAAUUUGUGACUAGACCUUUUCAUUUUCUGAUGCCUCUGUGAAACAACAUUGCAGAAGACUGUGGAGAAUGCUUUUGUAGUCUUCCUCAAAUAUGCGCAUUUGAGAAACUGUAAGGGGCUUCCCUCUUGUAAGGGUUUCCCCCUUUUUUGACUGAUGAAAAGAAAUGCCGUACAUGCCUCACAUAUAUCUGUACUAGCCAUCGGCCUAGAGAGAACUUUUGUGGCAGGAUUCACCCUAGUGGAGCUGUAGCAAACUAAUAGCCAUGCCUUUCAUGGUAUCCUGCCAACCUGCUGAAGACUAGUGCAGUACAUGGGAAUUGAAUAAAAGUAUUCAUAGACUAUGUUCUGUCAUGUAUUUUUUUAAAUAUACCUGCUAUGAUUGUGCAUCCUAGGCUGUCUCAUAACUCACAGCACAGCAAUAUCAAAACUCAGCCAGCAAACCCAGAAGGCAGGACGGCAGCACAGUACAGUGUAAUAAUGUAGGACAUGUCCGAUCUAGCUCUUUUGGAAUUUGUGGUAUCUGCACCAAAUGACAUUUGGCAGGAUAGAUGUGAUGGUACCUUAGGCCAUUUCUGAAAGAGUCCCAGAAGAUAAGCUUGUUUCUUUUGAGCUUCUUACAGGAAGGAGAGGAGGCAGUAGGAGGCAGUUUCAUUGAUCGGAUAUCUUCAAUAGGCCUAGAGGCAAGGUGUGAGAAAAUGCAUAGGAUAAUUUUCCUACUUUUCAAAAAAUUCCUGUUCUACCCAUCAAGUAGAGAGGAGAAUUUGAAGUUCAGAAUAUAUAUAUUUUUAGGAAGUGAUUGUCCUAGAAAACAAGAUGAUGGACUCAGGCUACCUAGAGAUGAAAGGAAGUCAGAAGAAAAGAAGUUUGAGACAAGAAAAAGGGAAUCUACUGGUGACCUCUUCUCCAUUCUAUUUCCACUGCUCUGAUAGAGUAAAAGGAAGGAAAAAUUGGCCUUGCAGGUUAAUACUCUGUGACUUAGGAAGACUCUUGCUGAUAGAAAUCUCUCAUAGUCCACACAGUUCCACAUGGAUUUUUUUUUUUCUCUCCUGACAGCACUGAGGAUGGGCUGAAGUGAGUGUGCUUAUAGCUGAUGGGCCUUUCAGCCGGUGUAAUUUGUAUAAAUAUAUAUUCAAUAAAUCUGUGAAUAAAGUCCAGCAGCUGGUUAGAAAUAUCCUACUGGGCAUCGGUCCAGACUUAAAUAGUACUUGCUGAACUAGAAAAAUCCACUCUGAAACUAUUAUAUGUAAAUCUGGGGCCCCUUAGGAAACAUAUCCCUAGAUAACUGCAGAUCUUGAGGCAACAUCUAUAAAAAAAGGAUGUUGAAGGCCCCUAGUGAUAGAUACAUCAUCAAGUACCAUUCUGUUCCAUUUCUCGUAGCUGCCUUUAUUCCUAGAAGCUCUGACAAACCUUUAAACAAUAAGGCCUUUUCUUUCUUGGCUGCAAUUUAAUAAAAUAGAUCAGCUUGGAACUGUGUUGAGAAAAUUAGUUGACUACAUCAGGACCAGAAUAGGUCCUGAUUCUGGGUAGGAUCUGGAAGUGAUCCAGUAGAUUUGAGCAGAAACAUUAGCCUCUCUGAUUGGAAACCUGUAAGCAAUGAACUUCCAGAUUUUUUUGACCUUUGAAGCAGCAAGACUUUGCAUUAACAAGUUGGCUGAAGACAGCUGUCCCCAGUCUAAAAAGUCAAUCAGAUGGCCUGCUGGGGCUUCAGUUGCUGCUAACAACUAGCAGGCAGGGUAGCUUGAUGGGUCAGACAGACUGCUGAUUUUCUAUUAAGUUUUAAUAAAUGUUGGUAUUUUUGGUUACUUUUACUAUGUAUUUUUGAAAUUCUACUGCUCUAGUUGGAAUGUAAACAUUUUCUGUACUUUUGAGAUCCAUUGCCAGCUCUGAAUACAGUAGCCCAAGAACUCUGUAUAGAACAUGAGCUUUUUGCUAAAACUUUACAGAAGACUGUGAAAUAUGAAUGAAAUAAAGUACAUACUUGAGAAGUUUGUGGGUUAUUUUAAUGCUGUUAAACUGCAGAGUCCUUUGUUCCAACGCAUGCUUUAUAUACAGCUCCACAACAGCAUGUUGCCCAUGUGGGAAAGUGCAGAUCCAAAAGUGAUACUAUGAUGUAUCUCUCUGAAGAGAGUCGUGUGAGCUUUAACAGUAUGUAUGAAUUAAAGGGUCUCUGGGAGGAGCAUGAGUAAAAGUGUACAGAACACUAAAAAUACAUUGUCAUGGGUGACCAUUGCCAUAGAUCUGUCAUGAACAACCUGGAAGGAUUUUUCCAUCUCUGAACUGUUAUCUCCAUGUGAUGACUGUAUAUUAUGCUCACCGUCUGUGCAGGGUUGAACUCCUACACUGUAUCUUAAUCCUGUCAGCUGGGUAUGCAGAAGUU